AUGAAAGUCAUUUUCAGAUUGUCUACAGAAGUUUCGUUCUCGAUGACUGUUCCCGAGAACUCCACAGUGGCGGACUUGCGCAAUGCUGCUGUCGUUGGUUGUCCCCUGUCAGCCAAGUUGCCCGGCGAUUUCAAACUCAUUUUCAACGGCACCAAGCUCGCGCCUCACAAUAAACUGUUUGAAUCUUUUGGUGCGUCUGGUGAAUGCGUCACUGUCAUCAUAAUGAGCGAAGCCGUCACGACUCCUGUGGCUUCGCCACAGUUGGGCCCAACUAUGGCUGCACCCAAGAAGAAACUGAAGAAGAACAGAUGCACAUUUACAAGCUGCUCGUCUACGCCGCUUCGUAUCGUUGGUGAUUGCGGGCACUGCCUCGGCAAAUUCUGCGCCAAGCAUCGUUUGUUGGAGGACCAUCUUUGCACUGGAUUGCAGUUCUGCAAAGAAGUUGCACACGAAAGAAACGCAAUCAAACUCCAGAACGAGAGCACCAUUACUUCCAGGGUCUGA